UGUUUGCUGAACAUUUGUACCGCUGCGGUGCUACUAGUUACAGCUCGUCGAGUUCGUCGCUUAAGACUUUCGUUUCACAGUUUGUUUUGCUAAGUUAAAUACUCUUUUGUGUCUAAACGCUUGUGUGCUAACUUGAUUUUUUCCUCGGUUCAUGAAAACACUGUUUGGACAUUAUUUUUUAAAGCGUUUUUUGUGUGUGUAAUCACUUGACUGUUGGUCAAACGGGCACUUUAAAGCAGAAAAUCCGAUUUUAAACGAGUGAACUAAAAAAAAAGAAUGCCAGAAAUCUUUAAAAGUAAUUUAAAAACAUAGAAAAAGAUUUAAACGGGCAUUGUGUGUAAAUGUUGAUGCUACCGACAAACUUAUAUAUAAAGAGACUAGCUGUUUGAGGUGGAUGUGGCAAGCGUAACGCCGUUGCGGCAUUGCACGCGAAGUGAAGUAACCGACCAACACAAAGGUGGAGGCUUAAGCUUGAAAAGAAGUCAAGAACAGUUAGUUGACACUAAUACGGCUUGUCGCUGAAUUUAUUAUUUUAUUUUCAUUUUUUGUUUGCCUCGCAGCAGCUGGCAAAAGAAUCAAGCAAGAAGCUAAAGACAAAGAGUUGUGUAAAAGGUGGCUGGAACUGUGAGUUGGGCAGCAGGACUACGGCAGACGUGAUUGAAGUGCAGUAAAUGCGAAAUGCAAGAGGAAUUAGUGGCGCAUGUUAGAUAAAAACGUGUGAACGAAUAAUAUUUUUCUAGAUAUUUGUAGAAUAUAAAAACAUAAGUGAAAAAAAGAAAAUAUUUAAAAAUUUUAUUGAAAAUAACAAGGCUAAUAUUUUUAAAACUACUUGUAAUUGAAGUAGUUGAAAAAAUAUCGUAUGAAUUUUUCCACAAAUAUUACAAAUACAAAUAUUAAGUGCUAAAGUAAUAUUCUACGGAUCCCUAAGCGAAAUUGCAUAACAGAAAGCAACAAUGAGAUCCUCGCGUUUAUCCUCAUUGGCAAUGCUGGUGGCUGCUACAUGCCUCACCAGCUUAUUACAGCUCUGCAGCAGCAACGCCGAAUAUCCUGGCGUUAUCGAGCUAGUCGGCUAUAGUAAUCGGCGCGCACGCACACACUACAUGCCACCAAUUGGCGAUAGUCCCACACUUGCGCCACCACCGUCCAAAAUACAGGCUGAUAUCGAGACGGUGAAAGCGAAUAUCGAAAAAUAUAAUAAACUGCUGACGCUGGAUACGAAAAAUCUGCCAGAAUCGCAAAAGGAUAUGCUGGAGCGCAUAGUGGAGCGUGUGGCACGUCUCAAGGAGUCGCUCGACAUUAAUGAAAGCGAGCAACUGAGAGCUGCUGCGAAGCCAGCGGAUAGUGAGAACAGCAAUAGUGAUGCUGCAGCAGAUAGAACUUUGUAUGCUACCACAGAGGCCGCAACCAACGCUGAGGCCGAGACCGAUCCCACUUUGGUCUUGGAUGAGACUACACUGCUACAGUUGCAGACCUCCAUGAAUGAGUUGGCUGCGGCACAGGCCGCUGUCACUGCACAAACCUCGGUUGCACACGAGUUGCCAACCACCACGGAAUACAAUUACAAUGCUGGCAGCGAUGAGGUCGAACAAACGGAGAGUGCCACAGAUAGCACUGAAAAUGAGGAUACCACUGAAGGUGCGCUGGCAGCCGGCGCUGAUUAUCCCACUACCACAAUUGAUCCGCUCACCGACGCCACCGAUUCCGAUGAUCAAUUCGUUGCAGCACGCUCCAACAACAAUAUAGCAGCAGCUUCAAUCAAAGCCGAACCAGAGGACUUGAAUGGUGGUCUCACCACAAUUGGCAGCCAACGCACGUUGACCACCAGCGGCAAAUUGACAAAGACGCGCGCCACCAAGAGACCCGGUUCUGGCGGUAUUACCAAAACGGGACAUACCUCGAAACGGGGCCAGAAGCCUGGCACCACUGCUAGCCUGCACCGGCAACCGGCCAGCAAUAAGCAGAAAUUGGCCACAACCACCACGCAACCACUGCAGACCUAUCAUCAUCAACAGCAGCCACAACAACAACAAUACGUGCACAAACAGCCACAGCUGCAAUAUCAGAAGCCUCAAACGGCGCAACUGCCGCAGUCCGCUUCCUCGCCCAUGUACCAAGCGCACAAGGUGUCUGCGUUGCCGCCUGCCACACAGUCCACCGAUAAGACUUCAGCUGCCGCUGCCGCCGCCGCUGCUGCUGCCGCUGCGGCCUCCACAGCGUCCAUCGCUUCGCUGCCAUCCACUUACUCCUCCACGCCGAUCRCUACCACCUUGGCCAACAACUAUGGCAAUGCCAAUAAUAAUAAUGACAUGGACUACGAGCCCCAAGUGAAUACGUCGGCGUUAAUUGAUAGCCUGAAUCAUGCACGCGAGGAAUUCUACCAGCAGAAGCAAGGCAUCAGCAACAAGGAUAAGAAACCAUCGGCCACCGCCAAGCCGACUAAGUAUCACUACUAUCCGCACAAUCAACAUAUCUACUUGCUGCCCGAGUGCGCGAUACAGCAGGUCUGCAAUGCGGUCUAUGUGCGUCUGAAUUACACACAGCCAUUAUGCGCCUGUCCAUCAAGAUACCGUGAUCCCUGCUCGGCCAGUCUGAAUGAGGACGAUCAGCAUACAACGAAAUUGGUGGGCGACAGCAAGAAGAAGCAGGCAAUCACUUUGGCGAAGACAUGCGAGGCCACCACCGAGAUGCGUGAGUGCAGCUCACCGAAGGACUGGUCUCUAUUGGCACUGCAGAAUAUACGCACCGGCAAGUCGCACUAUCUAAUCAUCUGCAGGUGUCCCGACCACUUCAAAAUGGAGGGUCCCAUGGCUCACGAUCAACCCAAGUACGCCAGUGUGCCCGGCAUACGUGUCUUCGGCAUGAUGUGCGUCAAGCCCGGCUACUCGGUACGCAAGCCAUCCGCACAGCCACCCAAGCGCUAUCAGCUACAAAAGCCAUUCUACCGUCCCAGCACGCAAAGCAGCAGCGCUUACAUCAACGUACCACAGUAUGGCGCUAAAGACACCUAUGGUCGACCGAGCUCAUCGUCGUAUGCCGCCGCAGCGCAGGCCGCGAGCAGCAGCAGCAAUUACCAUCCGGAAAAUAGCUUUGCAAGCCAACACGGCCAGGCCGGCGGCUAUCAAUACUUAAACCGGCCGGACAGUAGCAGCGGCAUCAGCAACAUUAACCCACAUCAAUCGGCCAUUAAUGUCGGCAACUAUCGACCGGAUACACUCACUUCGAUUAACAACUUCCAAACGGGCAUCUAUGGACGCAACAACGAACGCAAAGGCGAGACACCAAUCGAAGCGGCCAAAGAUGAGGACAAGUCGCUGAAUACCAGCACACAACAGUCGGCAGACACGGCAGCUGCUGCAGCCGGCGGCGGUGGCAUCGAGGAGACAACGUCGAGCCUUGAUUUGGCGGCGGCCACGUCGCAGCAGCAGCAAAACGAAGAGUUGGCACAGUUGCGCGCCAGGCGUUCGGUGAACGAUAUAGCGGCCAACGAUUGGGACGAUGACACACCCGAGUUCCCGUGGGAUCGUGUUAUGGAGUUUCAGCAGACGAUCAUUUGGGAUUGAGGUGAACGGUGAGGACGUGGCGUAUGAGUAAUUCUUUUUUAAUUUUAGUUUAGCAGUGAUCGAGAGCGAUCACUAGUGCAGUGGUAGCAGCAGGAGUAAAAACAAAAACAAAAUUUUAAUUGAUAAAAUCGCAUUUUAUAUAAAUACGAAGGAGUUAAAUAAAA